AUGGCGGCGACUCUUCAGACGGCAAAUCUCGGGACAAUCCAUGGGAAGAGCAGCGAUGGGGUCACGCAGUACCUGGGAAUCAAAUAUGCCACGCUGGAAGACAGGCUGGCAGACGCAGUCCCAAUCAACAGUCGCGAGGGUGCUCUUGAUGCGACCAGAGACGGCCCUACUGCGGUUUCGCUUCCAGUCGGAUGCGAUCUCGAAUUGAUGCAUGUCCAGCACACUCUGCCUAAGAAGGAGCUACCCCAGUCAGACCUCGACUGCUUGAACCUGAAUAUCGCCGUUCCUGCUGAUACUACCUCGUCCUCGCGCCUCCCGGUGUUUCUUUUCAUACACGGCGGAGGCCUCGUUAUCGGCGCCAAUUCAUGGCCUCAAUUCGAUUACUCGAGAUUGGUUCAGCUAUCCGUUGAGAAAAAGCUGCCCAUAGUUGCAGUUUCAAUCAACUAUCGCCUGGGAGCCUUUGGAUUCUUGACCUCGGAGGAGCUGCGCAAUGCUGGCUAUAAAGCGAACAAUGGUUUAAGAGACCAGCGGGUGGCCAUUGAAUGGGUUCGAAAGCACAUUCACGAGUUUGGCGGGGACGCGGACAAUAUCACAUUGGCAGGAAUGAGUGCAGGCGGAGCAUCUGUUACCUACCACUUGAAUUCCGAGGAACCACUCUUUAAGCGGGCGAUUGCAAUGAGUGGAACGUACUUCCUCAGGGAGCCUUUGGCCUAUGAGGCACAUGAGCAAAACUACCAGAACGCAAUUUCCGUUCUAGGGCUGUCGGAUGCGAGCCCUAAAGAGAGAGUGAAGGCCUUACUGGGGACUCCCGGGGCUGACAUUGUAUCUCGGUUACCGCCAUCUAUUCUGUCAUCACCUGCAAUUGAUGGCGACAUUGUUCCGUCUGCUCCCUCGCACGCACAAGCUGGCAGCAUAACCUCGGAUGUGCCGAGGGGCAAGAAUUGGUGUCAGGACCUUAUGGUCGGAGAUGCUCAGAUGGAUGCAAGCAUUAUUGCCUUCCUGUUUCCGCAUAUCAAAGAUGGAUGUGCCAGAAAGUUCAUCAAAGCCUUGAACACCGCCCUUCCGACUCAACCAGCGGUUGUCGAUGAAAUCAUGAAGUCUUACGGAAUCGCCGGCGAAAACACUAGUGACGAUGACGCUUUCCCUGCUGUCCUGAACUACAUCAACGACGUCCUGUUCUUCACCCCUGCGUUGACGUUUGCGCAGGGAUGGAAGGGAAAUGCGUACGUAUACUACUUCAAUGAAGAAAACCCGUGGGAAGGGCAGUGGAAAGGCCAAACAAACCACAUUCUGGAUCUCGCGUAUCUCUUUCAAAACUUCCGCGAGUUUCUUUCUCCGGAACAGAAAGCAGUCGGCACUGCAUUUGCUGAGGACUUCUUCAAGUUCUGCCACGGCCAGGCUCCUUGGCCUGCUGUCACGAAAGGGACUGUGCGGGAUGGAUUUACCGCGCGACGCUAUGGAUCUACCGCCGCUUCCCCGGUUGGGACGGUGACGAAGGCUUAUGGCGGCGAGAGUCAGCGGCGGCCGUACUUUUACGAAGUUACGGACAAGGUUUCUCUUGAUGAGCUGGCGAGUGUUUUCAACAUUUUCAUGGCACUAUAA